AUGUUAAAAAAAUCAAAAUUUAGUAAAAAGAAUAUUUCUAAAAAACAAAAAAUAUCUAAAGAAAAAAUAAUAGAUAAAAAGAAAUAUAUUGAAAAUAAAAAGUACAAAGAUAGUAAAUGUGAGAAAGAUACCGCUUUGUCCUCUGCUGUAAUGUUUUCGCAUGAAACUGAUCGAAUAAAUUAUGUAAUAAAAAAACUGAACCAAAAUAAUUUGAAUGUACCGCUUGUUAAAACAUGGAGCGAGUUUUAUGCUGAAGUAUUGGAAGAUAAACAACAAGAAAUUGAUGACACAACAGAAUUUAUAAAAAAAACUGAAAAAGAAUAUUUAAAAUACAUUAAAGACAGAAUGUUAUUUUUAAUACAAAAUUACAAUGAUUGUGCUGAAGAAAUAAGUGAAAUUAAUUCUGAAAUUAUAUUGGAUACAUUUAGAUUUAGAUGUAAUGGAUUUAUGGAAUUUAUUAAACAUUCAAUUUGGAAUAUGGAUUUAAAUUUAGAUGCUGAUCAUAUUCUUAACAUUUUAAUUCUUGAAUGGUACGACAUGAAUGAAAAUGAAAGGAAGAAAUUUAGAAAAUUAGGAAUUAAAAAAUUUAAAGCAUUUUACAAAAAUAAAGGAAGAACUCUAAGACAGGAUGACCAUUUAAUAGAAAAUAUUUUUGAUUUAAACUAUCAGUGGGAUAGUGAAGAAGAAUGGGUUGAGUAA